AUGGACCUAUUCUCCGCCGCCUGCGAGAACUUCGGUCUGGUCAUUAACACGCAGAAGACGGUGGUGAUGCCCCAACCGCCAACCCACUCAGCCGCACCCCCCAACGCGCAGCAAAUCAACGUGAAUGGGACCCAACUGCAAGUGGUGGAGAACUUCCCGUACCUGGGCAGUACGCUCUCCAGCAACACCAACAUCGAUGACGAAGUCGCCAACAGGAUCUCGAAAGCCAGUCAAGCCUUCAGUCGCCUCCAAAGCACAGUUUGGAAUCGUCAUGGUCUUCAACUAAGCACGAAGCUGAAAAUGUACAAGGCCGUCAUCCUGUCGACGCUACUGUAUGGAGCGGAGACUUGGACGGUGUACACAAAGCAGGCACGCCAUCUAAACCCCUUCCACCUCAGUUGUCUUCGUCGCAUCCUGCGGCUGAACUGGCAAGACCGAAUUCCCGACACCGAUGUGCUUGGACGGACGGGAAUCCUCAGCAUCUACACCAUGCUGAGACAAAUGCAGUUGCGUUGGAGCGGCCAUCUGGCGCGCAUGGACGACGAGCGACUACCCAAACGACUCUUCUACGGAGACGUCGCGAUGGGUUCUCGCCGCUAAGGAGGCCAAAUUCGCCGUUACAAGAACACUCUGAAGUUCUCCCUGAAGCGCCUGCAAAUUAACCCGACCAACUGGGAGGAGCUCGCACACGAUCGACCAACCUGGAGAAAGACAGUUAAGACAGGCGCUGCGAUCUAUGAAGCCAACCACAUCGCCGCCGCCAAAGCGAAACGCGAAGCCCGCAAAUCACAACUUCGCCCAGUCCGCAACGCCGACGCACAACCGCUACCAACGUGUCCUCGGUGUCAGCGGACAUUCCGGGCUCGAAUCGGACUUGUUGGACGUCUUCGGAUCAACGGCGCCUAUCGGACUGCACCAACCAUCGUCCCUUCGCCCGCCUCUUCCUCGCCAUCUCAGCCGCCAACUAACCCUGACAAUUCUUCUGAACCACCACUUCCAUCCUACUCCUCCUCCUCCACUGCCCCAACGGCGGCCGCUCAAGAGGCCGUCUCGCACAUCACCAACCGCGUCACAACAACAGACACCACUUCCACCUCUCCCGACUCCAGCGAUGAGGAUCAGGACUACACCUGCCCUCACCGCGACAGCACCUUCACCUCACACAUCGGCCUGGUCGGUCACUUGUGA